CCCUCUUCUCCUCAAUACUCCGACGUGUCAGUCCUCUUGUGUCCAGAGCUGAGCGGCACACACACCGGUUCAAUCUGCAGACAUGGCACCCAAAGGCAGCAGCAAGCAGCAGUCAGAGGAAGACCUUCUCCUCCAGGACUUCAGCAGAAACCUUUCGGCCAAGUCCACCGCGCUGUUUUACGGAAACGCACUCAUCGUUUCUGCCAUCCCCAUCUGGCUGUUUUGGAGGAUUUGGCACAUGGACCUGGUCCAGUCAGCAGUGUUGUACGGUGUGAUGACUCUGGUCAGCACCUACCUGGUGGCGUUUGCCUACAAGAACGUCAAGUUUGUUCUCAAACACAAAGUUGCCCAGAAACGUGAGGAUGCUGUUUCCAAAGAAGUAACCAGGAAGUUGUCUGAGGCAGACAACCGCAAGAUGUCCCGCAAGGAGAAAGAUGAGAGGAUCCUGUGGAAGAAGAAUGAGGUCGCCGACUACGAGGCCACCACCUUCUCCAUCUUCUACAACAACACUCUGUUCCUGGUGCUCGUCAUCGUCGCCUCCUUCUUCUUGCUGAAGAACUUCAACCCCACCGUCAACUACAUUCUGUCCAUCAGUGCGUCCUCAGGACUCAUCGCUCUGCUGUCCACAGGAUCCAAGUGAAAAUGGGAAUAAAAGCUGAAAGGAUGGAGGGUGGGCUUGGGUAGGAGGGGAGGCAGAGGGUUAAAGAUGGGUAUACACUAUAUUGUGUUUCACUUAAGUUAGGAUGGGGUUUAAGGGAUCGACAUACCACAUUUCAACUUCAUGAAAUUCAUGAUCAAAUGUCUGGAGGGUGUUUCUCCAGGUCUGUCUUCUGUUUUUUGUAACAAAUAAAGCAACCAGGUAUACUUG